AUGCCGCCUGUAAUCGGAAAAAAAGACGAGGAUCUCAGCAGUGACGAAAAAUACGAGGAGGAGAGCUUUCGAACCAAACAACUCUUUUUAUUUGCUUGGCAAAUAGCUAAAGGAAUGGUAAUUACUAUAUGAUUAUUUUCUGAGCGACGUUGCUUCGAUUCAGUUUCUGUUUUCAUCAUUCAAAGAUCGGUUUCAGACUAUUUCACAAGCAAGAAAUAAAGGACAAAUGGGUUAAUUUUCUAGAUGAAGAAUGAUUUGAUUUUUUUCAUUAGAAUGUCAAAUUAGUUUUAGUUGAUCGAACCAAAUUUGGCAUGUUUCGUAUAAUCUUGAAUCAGCCGUUCAGAUCAGUUCAGUUCAGUAUUUUUCCUUUAAUUUUUUGCCCGUAAUUUUCUCGCCUUCACCCAUGCCUGUUCAGGCAGUAAUAGCCCGUAGCUGAAGUAUUAUGGUACUUAUUUUCAUUUUUUCUCCUUCCUUUUUAAAAUUAGAAUCAUCUCGCUGAAAACAGUCUUGUUCACAGAGACCUUGCUUCCCGUAAUGUUCUUGUUGGCCAUGACAACCAAAUCAAAGUGUCAGACUUUGGGUUGAUGAGACAAAUCUAUGAAGAUGUGAGCAGCUCAGCGAAGUCCAAAAAACUUCCUGUGAAAUGGAUGGCCCCAGAAUCACUCUAUCAAGGCCUUUACACUACCAAAAGUGAUGUGUACGUAUAAAAGAUUCCCACUCUUUUAAACAUAUUUCGAUACAUUGCUGCUCAGAAAACCUCAGCUACCCUAAAAAUCGUGAUCAGUGAGUUUAAUUCAAACCGAUCUAGAAUUCCAGUGGUUAAUAUAGUGGGUAAUUUCGUACUUGUCAGCGCAAUUUUGACUCAGGACUAUAUAUAGUUUUCACAUUCAAUAGCGAGAGCGGGGUCGGUUGAAUUCUUAAAUCAGAGUGUAUGUAAAGAUCACUUAGAAGCUUUUCUUUGCCAGGAAAAGUUUACGAAUAUGCGACAGACGCGUCACGUAAACUGGUAUUGAUUUCCCUACUCUAUUAACCUUGUUAGGCCAUUUACUAAGGGCUUCGAGCACCUGAGGCCUGGGGCCCGUUUCUCGAAAGUCCCGGUAACUUUUCGGGCCCGAAAUCAAAUUUUCAAAUCGAAAAGAAGAAAAGCGCGGGUUCUGGCUAGCAAACUACUCCAUUGUGUUUCAUUAACUGAUAGUUUUAUCAUGCUAGAUGAAAAACUAUUGAAACCACUACCUUGCAUGUAAACAACAACAGCUUUACGGGCCCGUUGAUUAUCGGGACUUUCGAGAAACGGGCCCCUGGAGUCAUAGGGUUCAGUCACGCGCGAAGGCACGAAAAAGUGGAGGCACGCCCUUUUCCCCUUAAGUUCAUCAAGUAAAAAGAAGAGAAGAAAAAUUUAUAGUGUUUAUGCAGUGGAUAUAUUUAUGGCCUUUGUGCUUUUCUCUAUAGUUGGUCUUUCGGUGUUGUUCUUUGGGAGAUGGCUACAUUGGGUGAGUAGACCGUCACUCACUGAUUAUGUUACCUUCCAAGGGGAGUGACAUCCCAACAACUCUCCUCACUAUUACCGCGGGGGAUAUGACUUGAAGUGCAACUGAUAUGAGAGGACGACACUGGGACUCUUAAUAGGCUGAUACCUGAUGAGUUUUAUAUGUGCCAAGCCAGCAGGCUUUUUUGUUUUGAACGAAGCUCUUGUCUGAAAUCAUAAGUGAUAAUCGGCAUCAAAUAUGCACGUACUAGUUGUUUCCCAGAAAGAGGAGCCUUAUUAUUAAGCACCCUGCUUUCUUUCUUUCUUUCGUUCUUUCGUACACUUAAAUACAACUCUGACCCCUAUUCAAUCACUAUUCUUUUGCAAAACUGUAUUAUUGAGUGCGGAGGAAUGAAGAGUCGUCGGCGUUGACAUUUCCAGUAGAAAACUGUCCAGGGGAGUGAGCCCUGUUUUCAAAAUAACAACAUGUAUAUUUUUUCUUUCGCACAAAGUGAUCAGGAGGCGUACCAUACCCCGCGCUGGCCAACUCAGAGUUGUAUCGACUGCUUGACACUGGUUAUCGCAUGGAAAGGCCUGACAUGUGCUCCGAUAGAUAGAUUCGAUUUUUCCGUGCGUCUUUUUAGCUAUAAAUAGCGAUAAACGUUGUAGAAGACAACUCGGUCGGCGAUUUUGACGUUUUUUUCGAUCAAAUUGAUUACUGAACAGACGGACGGCAAAAUCUUAGCUUAAAUAUUUGUUUCAUACAGCAAUAUGAUAGUGUUAAGACUUUAACAGAGAUCGACUGCAAGGAUUUUUUUCUCCAUGUUCGAUAUUUCCUUAUGGUAAUUGAUUAAAACUAGGUAUUUUUCUCUUACCUGGUAACAGCUUUAUUAGCAAAAUUUGGCGAUGUUGGCUAAGUCUUUCAACUUGGAAAACUUUAAACAACAUUUCCAGCAAACCAUUCCAAAACCAUCCGCCACACGAGGGUCCCAACGCUGUCGUAUUUUCUCUCGCGUGCCGCUCGCGUGUGUACUUCUCACGAGAUCGCCCUAAGUGGAGAGCUUUCUCGCAAGCUAGGCAAGAAACCGACAAGCCUAAUGAUCCGGCGUGAGUGGCUGCCAGCUGGUUUAAAGGAAAAACUAUUCUACUAAAUCGGGGUGUCUUACGUCAAAUAGAAACGGUUUCUAUGUAUGUAAUAAUGGAUUGGAACUCUGACUAACUUAAACUGUUGCAUUCUUUUUAUUCAUAACAGAUAUGAGCUGAUGACUGACUGUUGGAAGGAGGAACUUCGCUCUCGUCCCAGUUUCUUUCAGCUGAUCGAAAGACUGGAGGUGAUAAUGCAGAGGGAUGCACCAUACUUGGAUCUAAACAAACAUAAUGAAGGUCAUCCGUAUUACAACGUUCCCCCUGAAGCUAGUGGUGAUUAA